AUGACCCACUCGGAGGGCGUUCGAAACGCUGCGUUGUGUUUCCUGGCUCGAGUCAAUCGUUUUCGCCAAUCUUCUUCCAAAAAUGCAGCUGAAAUAAGCGAGCAGCUGGCUCAAACUGAUAUAAUCCCAAACCAUGGAAGCUAUCUUAUGAAGAUCUUCAUUGGUAGCCCACCUGUAGAAAGAUGGAGUGUUGCAGACACAGGAAGCGACCUGAUCUGUGUCCAGUGCUCACCUUGUUUUCAAUGCUACCAUCAAGAUGUCUCAUCGUUUGAUCCCACAAAAUCUUCCACUUACAAGUCUCGGUCUUGCGGCUCAAGCAACUGUGCUCUUGUCCCUCAGCGUCAACAUAAACGCGGAAACUCAAAUCAGUGUUUGUACAUUUACUUAUAUGGAGAUCAGUCUUACACGUUGAGAGAUUUGGCCACAGAUUCGAUCGGUUUUGGUACUAGUGAUGGCCAAUCUGUUUCGUUCCCUAAGUCAGUCUUUGGAUGUGGACAUGGGAAUCUGGGGAAGUUCAAUAGCACAUGGCAGGACUUGGACUAG